UCUACUUUCUUCCUCCUCGCAUCGCGCCCGACGCCUCCUGCUGCUUCGCCUCCGCUCCCGUCGCCGGCCGUCCGCCGCGCCUCGAGCUCCCGCACCGGCCGGCCGCCUCCGCCCGGACCUCCCCGGCUCUUCCUCCUCGUCGCACGAGGCCAAUCCACCUGAGGUGUGGGAGCAGUUUAUUUCCCAAUAACUUUUGGGGUUGGACUGAACCUCUAUGCCCAACGUUGAGUUCGCCGCUGCUUCGGACGGGCCUCCGCCACAGGACGCAUGGCACGCCGAGUUUCAACGCCUCGUCCCGCUGUGGGAGUCGCUGCGCGAUACAUCCAAGGUCAUUAUCCCAAUUUCAAUAUCUAGGGUGAACCAGUUUGAUGCUGCAAGGCUAGAUGUUGAGAUGUCUGCCAUGUUGAAAGAGCAGCUAGUCAAAGUGUUCUCUUUAAUGAAGCCAGGACUCUUAUUCCAAUAUGAGCCUGAACUCGAUGCUUUCCUCGAAUUCCUCAUCUGGAGGUUCUCAAUUUGGGUUGACAAGCCAACCCCAGGCAAUGCACUGAUGAACCUAAGGUAUAGAGAUGAGCGGGCAGCGCCCAUCACUGGAAAAGAAGUAAGAACAGGUUUGGAAGGACCUGGGCUUUCUGUUUCUCAAAAGAUAUUUUAUUGUAUUAGCUUUGUUGGUGGCCAAUAUAUAUGGUCAAGAUUGCAGUCUUUUUCUGCUUUCCGUCGAUGGGGUGCUUCUGAACAGAGACCACUAGCACGCCGCACCUGGAGUUUAGUGCAGAAUGCUGAAGGAUUGUACAGAGCCGCUUCAUUCUUUAACCUGUUAUUGUUCCUUUAUGGUGGAAGGUACAAAACUAUUGUAGAUAGAAUUCUGAAAGCAAGACUUGUUUACGAGAGCCCCAACAUGAAUAGAGCUGUUAGCUUUGAGUACAUGAAUCGGCAGCUAGUUUGGAAUGAGUUUUCGGAAAUGUUGCUUUUGCUUCUUCCACUCUUAAACUCAUCCUCAGUAAAGAAGUUCCUUCUCCCUUUCUCCAAAGAUAACUCGGCAGGUUUUUCUGGUGAUGAAGCAGAUUGUCCUAUAUGUCGGUCCAGUCCUAGCAUUCCUUUUGUAGCUGUUCCAUGUCAACACAGGUACUGCUAUUAUUGUCUACGCACACGGUGUUCAGCUACGAGUUCUUAUAGAUGCCCACGCUGUAACGAGGUGGUUGUUGCAAUUCAAAGACAAGGAUCAGUUUAGUUUACUUAGUCGGGUUCAAGAAUUCUUGCCCAUGUACACUGACUACCCCAUUGAUCUUCAUACUUAGAAGUUUAGAUGCCCCCAUCGAGAAUGUGCAUCAUGACAUGUACAUGUAAUGGCCCAAGUAUGAAAAAAUUUGAUGCCAUGAAUUGCUGGUUGUAUUUGAAUGUCACGUUUGUAUUUUAUUGAGUACACUGCAUAUUGUAGACAGCUGUUCGCCAAGGCUCAAGAGUUUUUC